GAGUUGUAAGAAACGCCUCUCUUAUAUAUUUUGGUCUAUCAUCCGUCCCCAAAAAAAACCAGAAGCGCCUCUCUUAUAUCCGCCGCAGCGACACAUCUAACCUUGAAGCUAUGUCUUCCGCCGCAGGCAAGUCUAACCUUGAAGCUAUGUCUUCCCCCGCCGGAACCAUGUUUUCUUCCUUGUUCAGGGAAUUCUCCGGAGCUGAGACAGGAGUCUUCUGGGAUCUGGAUGAUUGCCCAAUCCCUAAUGAUCUCAAUCCUGGUUCGAUCUAUGCCAAUAUCAAAUCUUCUCUCAAGGAUAUGGGUUACAGUGGUGGGAUUUCGAUAGUUGCGUAUUCUACUCGGGAGAAUAUCAAUACAGAAGAGUUUGCAGCAUUCAACAUCACUCUUAAACAACCAGAUUCUCUUAGGGCAAAACUGAAAUGAUGUUUCAAGAUGUUUACAUGUGGGGAAUUUCUCAUAGAGAUGAACCAACAAAUCUCUUGGUAAUCACCCAAGACAUCUCAGAAAAUGUUCACUUUGUGGAAGCUCUGGUUCAUUUGAACAAAAGAGACAACAAUCUCCUCUCGUGUCAUCCCCAACACACAGCAUCAGCUGUCCUGCUCUAUACUGCAACCUCGUUUUGGCUUUGGUCAAGUCUAUCAAUUGGAGGGAGCCCUAUCAGCAAGAUUGCUACCCAUCUUACGCUUCUUGGUCCUACCCCUACCCCUUGUCUUUCUUGUACUAGGACCGAGAAGCCUAAGACCAAGAAGCAGGGAUAGUUGUUUCAUUGUUGCAAUAAUUAUAAAGUUGUUUAAUUAGCCUAAGACUUAAGACCGUGAGACCUCAUUGUUGCAAUAAUUAUAAAGUUGUUUAAUUAGCGUGAGAA